UAUUAGUUUACUCCAUACAUCAAAAAAAGCAGAAAGCCCCCCAACUUGAGUCGUCGGCUGGAGACUCUUUGUUUGCCCUCUUUCACUCUCUUCAGGACCUUUCACUCCUUGUGACUCUAGAUCUUGCCUUUCAGAUCACACUCGUUUCAAAAAUAACGAAAUCUUUCGUUCUACGUGGAUUCGUCAGUCGCUACCUAUCCUCAACGCCACCACUUCAGAUCUCAACCGUUGAAUCUCCCCCACAGUCCGGGAUCUUCGCAUACCCUAGGCGAUCGCCCCCACGACCCAUCAAAAAAGCCCUCGUGAGCCUAAGCGAACUGGCUGUUAACAACGACAUCAACGGCCGAAGAUCGUGUCUUGCCGGUUGGAAGUCGGAGAAGGGGCUGCAAUAGACACAAAGGAAGAACCCAGAGCACCAGCGCCUGGUCAACGUUCAGUCGAAAGAGUCAAGAAUUCGCACUGUCCCAGUCAAACCACAAUGAAGCCAUUCAGGCGAAGAUCCACCGGAUCGUCCCUCAUGUUAGCCCUCCUGCUAUGCAUCCAACAAUCUCAAGCAAUUACCCUCGACCUCCAAAACACAGAUUCGAUAAAAUCCGCGGCCAAGAUCGUAGCCAACGAUAUGGUCUCAUACUACACCGGCUACCGGCCAGGAGACGUGCCUGGCAAUCUACCAGCACCGUACUACUGGUGGGAAGCGGGAGCCAUGUUUGGAGCGCUCAUCGACUACUGGUACUUCACCGGGGACGAUUCCUACAACGCCAUAACCACCCAGGCAAUGCUUCAUCAGGUCGGUCCGGACAAGGACUUCAUGCCUCCCAACCAAACCAAAACCGAAGGAAACGAUGACCAGUCGUUCUGGGGAAUGGCUGCUCUUUCCGCCGCAGAAAACAACUUCCCCAAUCCUCCCCAAGACGAACCUCAAUGGCUGGCGUUGGCUCAGGCAGUGUUCAAUACCCAAGCGGCUCGGUGGGACACAACAUCCUGCGCUGGCGGUUUGAAGUGGCAGAUUUUCUCCUUCAACGGUGGAUACAAUUACAAGAAUACCAUCUCGAACGGCUGUUUCUUCAACAUGGGUUCUCGCUUGGCCGUGUAUACCAAGAACCAGACCUAUGCCGAUUGGGCUGACAGGAUGUGGGACUGGUGCAGUGCGAUCGGUCUUCGGGAUGACCAGUAUUUCUUCUAUGACGGCAGUGACGAUCUGCUCAAUUGCACCAAACUUGAUCAUCUGCAGUGGACGUACAAUGCGGGCACGUUCCUGGUCGGCGCUGCGAACAUGUACAAUUAUACCAAUGGCAGUCCGGUUUGGGAGAGCCGCCUGAACGGUAUCAUCAGCGGCAUCAACAAGAUCUUUCUCAAAAACAAUAUCAUCUACGAACAAGCUUGCGAACCUGUGGGGACCUGUAAUAUCGAUCAACGCUCGUUCAAAGCUUACCUCGCGAGAUGGAUUGCCGCCGCUAUAGUCAGAGCACCCUUUACCUACGAUCGACUGAAACCCAUACUGGAAACAUCGGCACAGGCCGCGGCGGCAUCAUGCACCGGAGGGGUCAAUGGCACCUCUUGUGGACUGCGGUGGACCACCGGUUCGUUUGACGGGAGCACUGGUGUUGGGGAACAAAUGUCAGCUUUGGAGGUCAUACAGUCGAACCUGAUAACCGUGUCUGCCGGUCCAGUCACGGAAGGGUCAGGAGGUACCAGCAAGGGCAAUCCUAGCGCCGGUACAACAAGCGAUAUUGGUCCUGGAGACCUCCAUGCGCAGCCUGUAACAACGGCAGAUAGGGUUGGGGCCGCCAUCUUGACGGUUUUGAUUUGCUUGGUCGUGAUGGGAGGCGCUUGGUGGAUAAUGGUCUGAACUUAUCGCAGCACUUUGCAUUCAUGGCGUUGAAUACAACAUGGCAACCAUUUGGAAGAGAGCGGCAUUACAACGGUGUUUCUUAGUUUCUGGCUUGAGUUGAAGUCACUCGCGAGAAACCGCCUUGACGAAGAAUCGAGAGUGACGUUCCUGAACUCCUAUGAGAUGCCCUGAUGUCCCGGGGCAAUACAACGGGGAGUUUAUGUGUUAGAAUAGCUUGAAAAGCCGAGAGUAGAAAGACUCGAGCGACUGCCAUGGCCGGAAGAUGACAUUGCCGUGAUACCCUGGAAUAGAAUCCAUAUGAUUUUG